AUGACGCCUCGCGCCGCAAAACGUGCAAAGUCGGUGGCUGCCAACCCCUCCACCUUGGCAUCCACCCCCUCAUCGUCAUCAUCACCGCCAACGGCAGCGACAUCCGUGCCUCCCUUGCCGGCAGGGGGCACCGGCUCUGACCCCGACGAGUACCAAGACUAUCGCAAGCGUCGGCACCGGUCCACCGAGUCUCAGCGGCGCCAACGUAUCAAUGACGCCACGGAACAAUUGCGCGAACUCUUUGCCAUUGAUGGUAAAGCCGAGCGCGCCCUUGUCCUGGAAAAAGCCGUCAAUAAGGUUCAACGCCUUCAAGAUGAAAUGCGUCGCCUAGCCGAGCAGGUACAAACCUUGCAGCAACAACAGCUUGCUUCAACCCCGUCACAGUCCCUCGCACCCAACUCUGGGAUCAAGCAAGAGGAGGAGGAACCAGCCACAGCCACAGCUUCCCGCCUCUCCUCCCCUCUCACCACGGCCAGCGAAAGCGACAGCCAAGUCGACGACACCGUGACCAUUCAGCCCUCCGCUCUUUACGACUCUUUUGACCCCUGCGAUCUGACCGUCACUACGUCGGCCGCGGCUCAAGAACUGCGCGCCGGUGAAUGGCACCCGCUUCCCAAUGCCUUGUCCCCAAACCCCGAAUAUUCCUCGACCGACCGUGGCGUGACCGUUUGCCCCGUCACCGGUGUCUUCCUGCACGGUGACAACCGCUCGCCUUCCACCUCCCGAGCACCGUCUCCCUUCCACGUCAGCCUGGAAGAUCGCUUGGGCCUCGACGAAAGCGACAGCUUUGACGUCACCCAGAUGGAGCUCGCCUCUUCAAUCCUGGCCGAAGCCCGCCUUCAACUCACCCGCGCCAACGUCCCCGAUCCGACCAACCUCGAAAGCAGCACGCGCUCGCGCUCGGGACAAUACACCAACACCAACCAGCAAACCGUCUUUGAUGGUCCUGACCUUCGCCGCAACCCAGACGCCGUGAGCUGCCCCUUGGUCCAAGCCCUCCUCCGUCGCCUCCUCUCAGAACCAGAACUCGCCGCCAUCUGCCAGACGGUCGCUCCCAUUGACGCGUUGCAGCAGCGCCUGCAGACCACUGCAACCCAAAUGCGCCGCCACCUGAUCAUGCAAACGAAGGAGUACGCCGCUCUCAAGCACCUCCUGCGCCGCAGCAGCACCCAGAUUGUCCUCGAGGAACUCUCCCAAUACCAGCGCAUGUACCACCCCAAUCUCGAACUCCAAAGCCUCUCCAACCCCGUCGCGCUCUGCUCCGUCUCCUCUCAUGGCGUCAUGCUCGACUGCAACAGCAAGGCCCUCAAGCUUCUCGAAUGCCGCCGCGAUGAUGUCAUCGGCAAGCUGCUCUGGCAGCUCAAAAUUAAUCCCGACUGGCGUGUGCGCAAAACUCAGAGCGUCGAACUCGUCACCGGUGCCUGCAGCACCAUCAUCACCGUGGAGCGCGUUCGCACCCUCCACACCCGCUCCCUUCGGUGGGUUCGCCAAACGCUCUUGGCCCAAGAUUGCGUGCCGCCCAGCGACAUUGGAGAUGGCGUCUACUUUUGUCUGGCCAUGUUGCAACCCCUUGAUGAGGCCCCCUCCAUCGGCCCACACAUGCUUUAUAGGAUAGCUCAGAAGGCGAGCUCGUCGUUCUUCAUAGUCCUUAGUCUUCUUUCUCUCUCUCUCUCUCUCUCUCUCUCUCUCUCUCUCUCUCUCUCUCUUUUUUUUUCCUUGCAAUGUCGUCUUGUGUCGUGA